UAUUCCAGAUGAAGAUGACAGGAAACCAAUUUCUUUACUGCAUUUUUUUAAAUAUUCACUGCAACCCGGCAUAUCUGGCAACACCAACUCUAGCCACUUCCUUAAUUUGACUCAUUCGCAGUAUCCUCUCCAACUUUUCACAUGCUCAGUUCAGCGGGUCCAACAAAAGUAUAAGGAGGAAGUAUUUCUGCUGGGCCAGAAACGUUUUGCCUCAUCCAGGUCACGUCUGACUGAGCUGCAGAGAAUAAAGAUGUUCUCUCCCAGAGGCCUUCAGUCUGUGUUGAUCCUUCUUGCUCUUCUUGGACUAGGCCGUCAUGAUGUGGAGGCUGCAGAAGGAAGACAAGUCAUUCAUAAAAGAGUUGGAGACUCUGUGGAGCUUUUAUCAAAUUUACCAACUGAAGGCGUCACCAGGGCAGAAUGGAGAUAUGGAGACUCACCAGUAGCAAUCAAAGGUUCAGGUCUUACUGCAAACAAUCCAUUUCAGGGCAGAGUGGAGUUCAAUAACACGAGCCUUAGUUUAACAAUCAGAGACCUGACUCUUCAAGAUUCUGGUGAAUUCAGGUUUAGUUCAUCAACAGACAAACAAAGACCUGCAGUCUUCCUCACUUUGCAAAUUCACGAGCCGAUAUCCACAAAUCUCAUUGUGUUUUCAAACAUCACUCAGCCUGGACCAAAUGGAUUUUGUACAGUUUUUCUGGAGUGCAACGCAAAUCCUCACAGCGACGUCACCUACAUCUGGACUGUGGGAUCACAAACCAGAAGUGGCUCCAGGCUGCAAUACAGCAUUAGACCACAAGAUGGAGACACCAAAUUCACCUGCAAUGCCUCCAACGUUGUCAGUGAGAAGUUAACAUCUGAAACACUGAGAUGUAGCAACAACACAGGAUCCACAGGCUCUAAUGACGGAUGUGGUUUUUCUCCCGUCAUGUUUUGGUUUAGGUUGGUUGUUGGACUUCUUGUUAUCCUAGUGCUGGUUUGGCUGCUUUAUGACGCAAAGUUGAAGGAAGUAUUUUGUUCCAGGUUUAAACACACUGCAGCAGUCGACCAGGACCUGAGUCAGCUGGAUCUCAACUCCUCACCUCCUCCGGGUGAUGCUUUGGUGUAUGAAAACUCAGGAGGAUCUGCAGACGCUUAAGAAAAUGAAAACAUCCCAUCUCUAUAAGUUCCCAUCAACUAUCAGGACAAUGGAUUGAGAACGAGAUGAACCCAGGAAAUCCAUCAAAUCUCAAACCCCAUGUCAGUUGUGGAAGACGGUUUCUCACACUGAGCCAGGUUCUGGUUGUGCUGGGGGGUUUUUCCUGUUAAACGAGAGGUUUUUCCUCUCCACUGUCGCUGCAUACAUGCUUGCAAUGAGGAAAAUGAAACAACAGAUUGCAACGAUUAUCCAC